AUGCCUGCAUUACCAACAAGGGAAGAACCAAACUAUUUUGGCGCUGGUCCAGCUCUGUUACCGAUCGACGUCUUACAACAAGCUGCUUGUGAUUUAAUCAAUUACAAAGAUUUGGGUUUGGGUAUCGGCGAAAUUUCACAUCGUUCUAAAGAGGCUACUGAUGUUAUUAAUAAGACUAAGGCUAAUUUACGUAAAUUGAUGAAUAUCCCAGAUACUCAUGAAGUUUUCUUUAUGCAAGGUGGUGGUACCACUGGUUUUUCUUCUGUCGCCUCUAACAUGUUUGCUGCCUCUCAUGGUAAGGGCAAAGGUGCUUACUUAGUCACUGGCAGUUGGAGUCUUAAGAGUGUACAAGAAGCUCAACGAUUAAAUGUGCCAUGUGAAAUAAUUUAUAAUGCUAAAGAUCAUAAUCAUGGUAAAUUUGGCGUUGUUCCAAGUAACAACGAUUUUAAAAUUACCGCUGAAGAUAAUUUUUCCUAUUGUUAUAUUUGCGAAAAUGAAACUGUCCAUGGUGUUGAAUAUCAAGAAUUGCCCGUAUUGCCAGCUGGUGUUGAACUAUGUGCUGAUUUAAGUAGUGAUAUUUUAAGCAGAAAAAUAGAUGUUUCUAAGUAUGGUGUAAUUCUGGCAGGAGCUCAAAAAAACAUUGGCCUGGCUGGAUUAACUUUAUACAUUGUGAAAAAAAGUAUUUUAGAAAAGAUUGAAUCAUGUCCAAAAGGAGUAACACCAAUCACCCCAAUAGCAUUUGAUUGGCCAACUGUCGUUAAGAACAACUCUGCCUACAACACCAUCCCCAUUUUCACUUUGCACAUUAUGGAUUUAGUUUUUGAACAUUUAUUGGCUAAAGGUGGUGUUUCGGAACAACAGAAGGAAAAUGAGGAAAAAUCUAAGAUUUUAUAUACUGUUUUGGACAGCCAUCCCGAUUUUUAUGCUUUGCCUGUUGACAAAAGUUGUAGGUCGAAGAUGAACGUUGUUUUUACAUUAAAAAAGGAAGGCUUAGACGAAAAGUUUUUAAAAGAAUCCACUGCCGAUAAAUUAACUGGAUUAAAGGGUCAUCGUUCUGUUGGUGGGUUCAGAGCUUCAUUAUAUAAUGCGGUUACUAUAGAAAGCGCAAGCAAGUUGGCAAAAUUCUGUGACGAGUUUGCUAAACAAAAUAAAUAA